GUUGUGGUGACAGUGACAACAAAUGUCUGACGUGUCUGUUAACUUAUUUUCUCAAAAUUUCAUCUAAUUUACUAUUUAUUUAAAUGAUAUUAUCAUUAAUUUAGAUAAAAUGAACUAUAACGCAAAUACUAGUGGCAGGCAGUCCCUCGGUAGGAAACUAAAAAGGGUCUCAGAUGUAAACGCAAUGGGAUAUAUGCCCUACGAUCCACAGGCAAACACGCCACAGCAAAAUAUGUACCCGAAUUUAGAUCCAAACAUAAAUUUCCAACAAGGUUUUGCUCCAGUUGACCAACAAUAUACAAGUACUCCAAAAGGGCCAGGACCUGUACCAGUACCAGCUGGUCCAAAUUAUAACCAACCUCAGUUUAAUAAUAUGAAUCCGAUAGGUGUAGGUAUAGGUGGACAGAAUUUAAAUGUUUUAAGUCAGCCUAUUGUGCAAGAUAUGGCGAUGCAAUACGGCCAACAGUUAGCUGGUGCUGGAACGACUAUGCUUAAGAAUGAAGUUGAAAAAUUUGUUCCUGUUUCAAAAUUGAAAUACUAUUUCGCUGUGGACAUCAACUAUGUGGCUUCGAAAUUGUUGUUAUUGUUUUUUCCAUUUACACACAAGGACUGGUCAGUGAAGUACGAACAGGACGGUCCAGUUCAACCCAGAUUCGAAAUAAACGCUCCUGAUUUGUACAUUCCCGUUAUGGGUUACGUUACGUACGUUCUGACGGCCGGUUUAGUUUUAGGAAUGCAGGAUCGUUUCAGCCCCGAGCAAUUAGGAAUUUUGGGCUCGUCCGCGUUGGCUUGGUGGCUCGUAGAGCUCGCCAUCUAUUGUGGAGCCCUUUACUUGAUCCAAGUGGAAACUAGUCUCCGUACGUUGGACCUUUUGGCCUAUUCGGGUUACAAAUUUGUAGCGAUCAUUUUUUCGAUUAUGGUCAGCACUGUAGCAGGCAGCUUAGGUUACUAUUCCUGCUUAAUAUAUUCCUGCAUGGCAUUGGCGUUCUUUUUAUUGAGGAGUCUGAAGGUACAGGUGUUGGCCGGCAGCUCCCAAGACGCGAACUAUUACGGUGCCCAAUCGACCACGGCCGGGCACAAGAGACGGCUGUAUUUCCUUCUUUUUCUAGCAGUUUUGCAGCCGGUGUUGUCUUGGUGGUUGUCCUUUCACUUAUUACCUUCCAGUAAAGUCCCAGUGGAGAUUAAACCGGCAACGUAGGAGUUAACAAAAAACGAGCAUAGCAUUUUUAAAUUAUUCGCUGUAUAGUGUGGACUAAAAAAGGGGAUCUGGAUAUAUUUUAGUCGAUGAUUAAAUGUAAUAUACAUGAUACAAUAGGCGAGUUUUCAAAGCUAGAGGUGGUAAUUUAAAUUUUGAUUAAAGUGUAUUGAGAAAGUACUGUCAUUUGGAAAUCAAUAAUUUUGACAUAACGGCGUCAAAUCAAGCCAUCUUGUUGGUUAAUUUCAAGAUUCAAAACUAUAAAUUUGGUAUGUACUUGUAAUUAUUAACUGUACGACUUCUAUUGAUGUGUGGGACUGGUUGAACUAUCACAUAUUUUCUAUUUUAGCGUACUUUUAAUAAUGGACCAACAGUGUCAAGUCCGGAAAUCGUGUUGGCUAAUUUCGUUUCUUAAAACGAGAAAUUUAGUUUGAAAAUAACUAUGUGAUUUCUCUCAAUGUGGGGCUUGUUGAACUGUCACGUAUUUUCUAUUUUCAGCGUAUUUUUAAUAAUUUACUAACAGUGUCAAAUCUGGUGAUUAUGUUGGCUAAUUUAAAUUCUUAAAACGAGAAAUUUGGUUUUUAAUUAACAGAACUAUUCUGCUUUUUUUUUUUCAAAAAUUUAAAUUUUCACCUCUAAUUCCCUGUCUAUUAUAGGACAAAGUUUACCUACUCAGCUGGAUGGAGUAAUGAUAAGUAAAACUUAAUUUUGUAUUUAAUUAUUGAUUUAAUAAACAUGUAUUUUUAUAA